AUGGCGACGACCAAAGAGGCCGUUUCCAACACGGGCACUUCUCCGUCUUCCCCUUCCCCUUCCAGCUGUCCAACAAACAGUGCCAGCGACGCCAAUACAAACAUAUCCGAUCACGGAAGUGGUGACUCGAAAACGCUUCCCGUUGGUGUAGGCGUCGGUGUUUCGCUGGGGGUUGUAUCUCUCAUUUCGCUGAUAUGGGGUGUCUAUGAGCGGAGAAAGCGACAACAGCUUUUAAAUUCGAUGCCCUCGAUGAUGCCGAUGAACUCAGAUCCAUACGCACCACUAGCAGUAGCAAAGAAUCGAUACAGUGAGCCUCAGGAGCUGGCACCAUAG